GCCAAGUCUGGAUGUGGUCUUCAUCCUUUUCUCCUUGGCUAAAUUCGUCAGGUUUUGGGAGUUUCUCUUUCAUAUGCAGGGUGAACCCUUGCUAAUGGCCUAUUUGUGCUCUCGGUAUUUGUUCCUGUGUUGAAAAACUUAAAAGCAGGCAGGGGAAGCAAGGGAGAGAGGAUAAAACGAACUUUUCCCAUUGAGUAAAAGAAAGCAUACUUGGAACAGAUUAUAUCUGCCAGAAUUAACAAGAGCUUGAGUUAAGAAGAAGUUUGUUAUAUUCAACGAAUUGAAGCUUGACACCUUAAGAGUUACAAUUGCUAACCAGAAAUAUGGACAGACUUCUUAGACUUGGAGGAGGUAUGCCGGGACUGGGACAGGGUCCACCUACAGAUGCUCCUGCAGUGGACACAGCAGAACAAGUCUAUAUCUCCUCUCUGGCACUGUUAAAAAUGUUAAAACAUGGCCGUGCUGGAGUUCCAAUGGAAGUCAUGGGUCUGAUGCUUGGAGAAUUUGUUGAUGACUACACCGUCAGGGUGAUUGAUGUGUUUGCCAUGCCACAGUCAGGAACAGGUGUCAGUGUAGAGGCAGUUGAUCCAGUGUUCCAAGCCAAAAUGUUGGAUAUGUUGAAGCAGACAGGAAGGCCUGAGAUGGUUGUUGGUUGGUAUCACAGUCACCCUGGCUUUGGUUGUUGGCUUUCUGGUGUGGAUAUCAACACUCAGCAGAGCUUUGAAGCCUUGUCGGAGAGAGCUGUGGCAGUGGUUGUGGAUCCUAUUCAGAGUGUAAAAGGAAAGGUUGUUAUUGAUGCCUUCAGAUUGAUCAAUGCUAAUAUGAUGGUCCUAGGACAUGAACCAAGACAAACAACUUCAAAUCUGGGUCACUUAAACAAGCCGUCUAUCCAGGCAUUAAUUCAUGGACUAAACAGACAUUAUUACUCCAUUACUAUUAACUAUCGGAAAAAUGAACUGGAACAGAAGAUGUUGUUAAAUUUGCAUAAGAAGAGUUGGAUGGAAGGUUUGACACUUCAGGACUACAGUGAACAUUGCAAACACAAUGAAUCAGUGGUAAAAGAGAUGUUGGAAUUAGCCAAGAAUUACAAUAAGGCUGUAGAAGAAGAAGAUAAGAUGACACCUGAACAGCUGGCAAUAAAGAAUGUUGGCAAGCAGGACCCCAAACGUCAUUUGGAGGAACAUGUGGAUGUACUCAUGACUUCAAAUAUUGUCCAGUGUUUAGCAGCUAUGUUGGAUACUGUCGUAUUUAAAUAAACACAAAAAGCUAUUUGUGAUAUUUCAGUGUAUAUUCCUCUGUUGUUCCUAAUGCUCAAAAUCAAGGGACCUCUGAAGAUGUAUUUGGUAAAAUAUAAGACAUCUGGCAUCAUUUGCAGCACUGUAACACCUUCAGUCUCAGUUGUGCAAUUCUGUUUUUUUAGUCAGGGUCUUUGCAGAUUCCAAAGUGUAAGAAUACAUCAGAGUGGACAAAUUUUGUUGGGAUCUUGCUUAAUAUUUGAAAAAAUCAGCACAAAUAUAUUUUGAUUGUUGCUUACAAAAUAAAAUACAUUUACAAUCUGUG